AUGAAGUCCUUGUCGAAAUACUCCACACACUUCAAAGUCGGCGUAGCUGUUGGCGUCCUCGGCGAGGUCCUCUCCGGGGUUGCUAAUGCCGCUUAUCGGGUCCAGCUAGGCCUCGAGCUGGUCAAGCGAUCCCAGCAGGAUCUGCCAAUAGACAACUUACAGUGCAAUGCUGCCGGCUUUCAGAGCUUCAUGAACGGCUUACAGCUCGUCAUGAUCAUAGCCACUAUUGCCCUUUUCAUCGUACGCAUUCAACGCAGAAGGGGCGUGUCUCGCAUCUUCGUUGCCUUGUGCAGCGUCGGUAUGAUAGGCUUCGCUGUGGGUGGAAUCCUGGGCAUCGUCCUCAUGCCCGGUGGAUGCUUCAUUAACGAAGUUAUAUGGGCGAAGAUUUUGGGGUGUAUAGGUCAUGGCUUCGUCAUCACCAGCGCUUUGCUGUUCGUGCUGGCGCCAGAGAUGAGACAGUCAUUGAAGGACAUGGAGACGACUCAGUUAAAUCCACAAGGCGUAGUCUACGCAAGCGCAUAG